UUGUUGAAAAUGAAUCCAGAGAGCUAUCAGUGCUCCCCAACCGAGAUGGUGCCCAACAGCCGCUUCCCUGUGCUGGUCUACCGUGAUGUGCUCCAGAAGCCAUACAAUGAGGAAAUUAUUUGCAGCCAGAUCGAGCAGAACGCAUGGAUACACCGCCGCACAUGGGGUGGAAUACCUCGCCACCACUUCCACCCGAACACUAACGAGGUAUACGCUGUUUGUGCAGGAUCGUCAACGCUAUCUUUAGGGGCAUACCCAGGCCAGGACGCAACCUUGACGGUGAAACUCAUUGCGGGGAUUCUUAUAGUCCUUCCCGCAGGAGUAUCACACUGUUCCCUGGAAUGGUCAAAUGACUAUCGCUACCUUAGAUUCUACCCCGUGGAUUCACCUCGAUGGAAGAACGAGCAUUGCUCCUCCCCAGAUAGGCUGGUUGACCUCUCUGCGAAAGCAACGGCGGUCCCCGUGCCGACGAAGGAUCCAUUUAAUGGAUGUCGUGGAGGCCUGUUAACUAUCUGGGGCUCCGCUGUAUCGUUGUGA